CUCACGUCAAUGCUCGAUAGCUCGUGUCGUGCAGAAGCGGUCGGCGCCGGCCAAGCCAGGCCCGUGCGAGCACCACCUCCGUAUGUCCCUCCACUCGCCUAUUUUGGGCCCUGUGGGAGUGCACCCACGCCCGACCCUAGCCCGACCCGCCCGCUUUCAGCGAUCGCCUCCGCACCUCCGCGACGCAGAUGCACGCGCGACCCCCCAGAUCACGCACGCUGGUCACUGGUGCAUGCGAGCCCCUUCUCCGGCCGUAUCACUGCCCCGCCAGUGCCAGAACGCGCGAUGCGCGAUGGUGGCUGGCCCUAUCGUAUCGUGCUUCCGUCGUGCGUGCUUCUAUCGCAGGACCCUAGGGGCUCGGCGAGUUGCGUCGGGGCGCGGCACAUUGCCAAUAGCCCAUGGAUAUCACUGGGCGGAUAUCUCGCCAUCGACGCCUUGGGCAGGGCAGAUCUGGGAACCGCGCAGCAUCUGGCACGGUAGCUCCUUGCAUCUUGCAUCUAGCACGCCAGCCCAGCCUCCUGCCGGCGGGAACGUUGGCCUGUAUCCACUCUGGAGAUCACCACGUUCCCACCCCCGCCCAACUAGCUUCCCCCCUUUCUGUCCAGGGUUCUGCACACACGACGGUUCUGCGUAUUGGCCUGUUGUUCUCCCGCCCUGCCUUCUUCGCCGCAAGAUUACGCUCUGCCCUGAUGUACCGCUGCACAGUGCCCGCCACGCCCGAUGCAGGGGCUGCGCCGGCCUAGCUCCUCCGCCGCCC